AUGGCUGGCAACGCCAAGCUCAAGAUUGUCUUUGGUGCUAUGACAUUUGGCAAGCCCAACACCCUGGGCGCCCGCGUACACAACCUCGACGAUGCAGGUCGCGUCCUCGACAUCUUCCAGCAGCACGGGCACAGAGAAGUCGACACGGCGCGUCUCUACGGCGGCGGCUCGUCCGAAGAGAUGCUCGCCAGCCUGGAAUGGCAGCGUCGCGGCCUGGUCAUGGACACGAAGCUCUACCCCAAUGCUAGAUUGCCCGUCCAGUCUGCCGUCACCUACACUCAUCAACCCGAAGACGUGCGCCGGGGCCUGAUGGAGAGUCUCAAGGCGCUACAGACGGACAAGAUUGACAUGUUCUACCUCCACGGGCCCGACAGGCAGACCCCGCUGGAAGACACGCUGCGCGAGGUGAACAAGCUGCACGAGGAAGGAUACUUCUCCCGCUUUGGCAUCAGCAACUACAUGGCGUGGGAGGUGGCCAAGAUCUGCGAGAUCUGCGACAAGAACGGCUGGAUCAGGCCGUCCGUGUACCAGGGCGUCUACCACGCGCUGCAGCGCAGCAUCGAGCCGGAGCUGUUCCCUUGUCUGCGGCACUACGGCAUCGCGCUGUACGCCUUCCAGCCGCUGGCAGGCGGGUUCCUGACGGGGCGAUACACGCGCGACCAGACGACGUUCGAGCCGGGCUCGCGCUUCGACCCGGGCAUCUGGCAGGGCACGCUGCACCGGAACCGCUACUGGAACGACUCGUACUUUGACGCGUUGGAGAGCAUCCACGCUGUGGCGGAGAAGCACGGCCUGACGGAUGCGGAGGUCGCGCUGCGGUGGCUAAAGCAUCACUCGCAGCUGCGGGCGGAGCUGGACGACGCCAUCAUCGUGGGGGCUAGUAGUACAAAGCAUCUCGAGCAGAAUCUGGCUGAUCUGGAGAAGGGUCCGUUGCCGGAGGAGGUGGUCCAGGCGGUGGAGGCAGCGUGGUUGAGAGUGAAGGCCGUUGCUCCAAAGUACUGGCAUUAG